AUGGCCUUGAGGUGGACCUGGGCCGGCAGGAGCUGCCUGCUCCUGGCACUGUGCACGGCGGCUUACUUACUGCUGGACCUGUCCAUCUCCACCUUGCGGGCCGCCUCUUCGGGGGCGCACCUCGGGGGGCGCAGGCUGCGAGCGCGCGCCGAGCCGGGCAGCCCGGCCUGGGACCCGUCCCGCCCACUCUAUGAGAAGCCCCCGGCCGAUCCGGGCGCUCUGGGCGAGUGGGGGCGAGCCAGCAAGCUGGAGCUGGGCCCCGAGGAAGAGAAGCAGAAGGAGGCACUGCUGGAGCGCUACGCCAUCAACAUCUACCUGAGCGACCGCAUCUCUCUGCACCGCCACAUUGAGGACCGGCGAAUGCCCGAGUGCCGCGCGCAGACCUUCCAGUACGCACGGCUGCCCACCACCUCGGUGAUCAUCGCCUUCUACAACGAGGCCUGGUCCACGCUGCUGCGCACCAUCCACAGCGUGCUGGAGACGGCGCCCGCCGUCCUGCUCCGGGAGGUCAUCCUGGUGGACGACCUCAGCGAUCGCCCCUACCUCCAGGCCCGCCUGGAAGCCUACGUGAGUGGCCUGCAACGGGUGCGCCUGAUCCGCACCAAGAAGCGCGAAGGGCUGGUCCGCGCGCGCCUGCUGGGCGCCACCUAUGCCACCGGCGAGGUGCUCACCUUCCUGGACUGCCACUGCGAGUGCAGCUCGGGCUGGCUGGAGCCUCUGCUGCAGCGCAUCGCCGAAGACCCCACGGCCGUGGUGUGCCCGGUGAUCGACACCAUCGACUGGAACACCUUCGAGUACUACAUGCAGACGGGCGAGCCCAUGAUCGGGGGCUUCGACUGGCGCCUGACCUUCCAGUGGCGCCCGGUGCCCCGACGCGAGCAGCUGCGGCGCAAAGCUCGCACCGAACCCAUCCGUUCGCCUACCAUGGCUGGAGGCCUGUUCGCCGUCAGUAAGCAAUACUUCCAUCACCUGGGCACCUACGACACGGGCAUGGAGGUGUGGGGCGGCGAGAACCUGGAGCUGUCGUUCCGCGUGUGGCAGUGUGGCGGCCGCCUGGAGAUCCACCCCUGCUCACACGUGGGGCAUGUGUUCCCCCGCCGCGCCCCCUACGCGCGCCCCCACUUUUUACAGAACACGGCGCGUGCCGCCGAGGUGUGGAUGGACGACUACAAGGAACAUUUCUACAACCGCAACCCUCCGGCCCGCCGCGAACCUUUUGGGGACAUCUCGCAGCGCCGGGAGCUGCGUCGUGCGCUCGGCUGCCGCAGCUUCCAGUGGUACCUGAGCCACAUCUUCUCCGAGCUGCACGUGCCCGAGGACCGGCCCGGCUGGCACGGGGCCCUGCGCAGCCUGGGCAUCGCCUCCGAGUGCUUGGACUACAACGCGCCCAGCCACCAGCCCACCGGGGCCAACCUCUCGCUCUUCGGGUGCCACGGCCAGGGCGGCAACCAGUUCUUCGAGUACACAUCCAAACAGGAGAUCCGUUUCAAUGCCGUAACCGAGCUGUGUGCUGAGGCCCGCGAUGGCCUCAAGGUAGUGGGGAUGCAGAACUGUCCCCAGGAUAAUGCCCCGGUCCCCGAGCCCAUGGUCUGGCACUUUAGGGCCGAUGGCACCAUCUUCCACCCGCGCUCUGGGUUGUGCCUGAGCGCCUUUCGGACCCCGCAGGGCCACCCUGAUGUGCAGCUGCAAGCAUGCGGUGCCGGGGAUCGGAACCAGAUGUGGAAGUUUGAGAAAUAGUGGCGCGACCUGCCUCUCUACGUACACUGGGGUAUCUGCAGCCGGAUAGCCCUAGAGCU